AUGGUUCUGUUUUCUGAAGCCCAAGUCCAAAGAGCCCGAGCCCCGCCCACCGCCCCGCCCACCGCGCGCGCCCUCGCUCCGCCCCACGCAAGCACGCACGCACGCACGCACGCAGCGGCCCGAGCCCGUCAGCAGCGAGCCCACGCACAGCGGUCCGCGCGCUUUUCGGAGGCUGCAGCUGGAUAUUUGAUUCGAUUACCAAGAGGUUUUCGCUUGACCCAAGAUUCGCUGAAAAUUGUGGGUUCAUCAAAUAAUCCAGUGAAUGUAUAUGUUCUGCUCCAUCAAAAGAGCCCUCACGUGUUAUGUGUGACCCAGCGGCUGCGGAAUUCAGAACUGAUAGACCCGUCAUUCCAAUGGCAUGGGCCAAAAGGAAAAAUCAUUUCCGGAAACAGCACCACACAAGUCACGUCCACAGGAAGCCUCGUGUUUCAGAACUUCGAGGAGGGCAUGACGGGUGUUUACACCUGUUUCCUUGAGUAUAAACCUACUGUGGAAGAAGGUGCUAAAAAUCUCCAGCUAAAAUAUGUUAUAUACGCUUAUCGUGAGCCUCAUUUUUAUUACCAGUUCACAGCUCGGUAUCACGCAGCCCCCUGCAAUAGUAUCUAUAAUAUUUCUUUUGAGAAGAAACUUCUUCAGAUUUUAAGCAAAUUGGUUCUUGCCCUUUCCUGUGAAGUUUCCUUACUGAAGUCUGAAUGCCAUCAUGUUAAAAUGCAAAAAGCUGGUUUGCAAAAUGAGUUGUUCUUUACAUUUUCAGUUUCAUCUUUAGACACUGAAAAAAUACCCAAGCCAUGUAUAGACCAUAGUUGUGAACCUUCCAGAAGGCUAUUGAAGGCUAAAAACCUCAUAGAGAGAUUUUUUAAUCAGCAAGUAGAAGUCCUAGGCAGACGUGCAGAGCCACUGCCUGAAAUCUACUAUAUUGAAGGGACCCUCCAAAUGGUGUGGAUUAACCGCUGCUUUCCAGGGUAUGGAAUCAAUACCCUGAAGCAUCCGAAAUGCCCCGAGUGCUGUGUGAUCUGCAGUCCUGGCUCCUACAACCCCCGCGACGGGACUCACUGCCUUCAGUGCAACAGCAGCCUGGCCUACGGGGCGAAGGUGUGCGGGUAGGCCGUCGCCGGGCUCUCGGUGGUUUAUUAGACACGAAGGACGUGUGGAAACAUGAAUGUAUAAUAAAUCACUAUUAUGCCAAAAUUAAAUGUAUCAGAUUUUAC